GAAACUCGCUGUCUCCGGGCAAUGUUACAAAAGUAAUGGGGUAAAGGAAACGCGCUCUGAAUCAGGGAGACCGCAUACCAUCCCUGUAACGGAGCUUCAGUAAAUGCCCAAGUACUAAACAUCACAGGGGAUUUUUUUUUUCUCUCUGAGCCUAGGUUAACAUCCCUUCCAGCUACGGGAGGGUAUAGGCUUGGAGGAUAUGAGCACUACAUUCUGCAGCCCCAGGGUCUGAGUUGCAAAUGUUACUGAGCGAGCUAACCGGGAUCUGCAAGCUGUAGCAAGCACGUUACACUUUCACUGAAAAGCUGCAGGCAUGACUUGGUGCACCGUGAUUCCCACUGAAUGAUAGUGAUUUCCUCUGAUGUUCAGAAGUUACCAAUAACAAAUGGAGUAUAUCUCCAUAACAUUUAUAAAUAAUCUAAUGAAAUGGGAAUUAAAAUGUUAAUGGCAAUGCAACACUGCGUAUCUCCGCGCCCCAUGCCACCUCCACCUCCGGCACCAAAGCCCAACAAAGACAAUGCCAGGUUACAAAAAAUCUUGAAGCGGAUUGCAAAGCAGCAAGUUGCAGAAGUAUCAUUACAACUUGAGGAUGCAUCGGAGAAGCCACACUCAUACCCGUCCAAACCCUUCCGGGCUUCUCUGUCUCCUGUUAGUGAGGCCAGCCUUGAUCCAGAGAAGUGUGAACACCGCUCUCGAUCGCCUCAUUCCCUAAAAUCUACUCUGCCGCCUCUCAGACAAUACCUGACAGCAGUAACCCCAAUGCAUGGCAUAAGUCUGUACCCCAUUCGGAAAACAUUUUACAAGGGCAAGAUAGAGAUCCUUCAAAAGGCACAAGUAAGUGACGUGCGGAUACCAGCUGAACCUCACAGGCAGGACCCUGGUCAACAACUGCAGCCUGUGGCUCCUGUAAAGACGUUUUUCUUUUCCACAGAUCAACCAGGUAGCAAACAACAAUCACCAAUGCUUGCUAUGCCACCUCGGUUUUCCCCAAGUUUUUAUACGCAGCCUGGCACAGCGAUUCCCACUGCAAACAUUUCCACAGUUGAGUAUAUUAAACACAAAAGCCCUGUCCCUGACCUUCAUGUUGCUAAGCAAUACAAGGCCAUUGGUCCUCAAAGCACUGUGACAUCAUCUACAGGACAUGAGUUUGACAUCAACAGAGCAAAUGCACUCACCUAUGAGCCCCUGAGGUCUAAGAGUCCCACCUACGAGCCUCCGAGGGCAAAGACUCCCACCUACGAGCCUCUGAGGGCAAAGACUUUCACCUAUGAGCCUUUGAGAGCAAAAACACCCAUCUACGAGCCUCCAAGAGCGAGGACUCCCACCUUCGAGCCAGUGAGAGUAAAGACACCCACCUAUGAACCUCUGAGGGUGAAGACUCCUACCUUUGAGCCUUCAAGAGCAAAGACACCCACCUACGAGCCUCCGAGGGUGAAGACUCCCACUUACGAACCUCUGAGGGUGAAGACUCCCACCUUCGAGCCUCCGAGGGCGAAGACUCCCACUUACGAACCUCCGAGGGCGAAGACUCCCACUUACGAGCCUCCGAGGGUGAAGACUCCCACUUACGAACCUCCGAGGGCGAAGACUCCCACUUACGAACCUCCGAGGGUGAAGACUCCCACCUUCGAGCCAGUGAGAGUAAAGACACCCACCUAUGAACCUCUGAGGGUGAAGACUCCUACCUAUGAGCCUUCAACAGCAAAGACACCCACCUACGAGCCUCCGAGGGCGAAGACUCCCACUUAUGAGCCUCCGAGGGCGAAGACUCCCACUUACGAGCCUCCGAGGGUGAAGACUCCCACUUACGAACCUCCGAGGGUGAAGACUCCCACCUUCGAGCCUCCGAGGGUGAACACUCCCACCUUCGAGCCUCCGAGGGUGAAGACACCAAAUGUGGAAAUCCCAAGAGAAAAACCCCUUACACAUGAGGUGUCUCCCGAGGGCGUCACCAGAAAGGCCACCGGUGUCUCAGCUGUGCAAAAUGGUGCUGGUCGUGCAAAUGUGGAAAUACAUCACACAGAGAUGACUACCAUGGAUAAAAACAAAGUAAUGAUUGAACUCAGGCCAUCUAACUCAGUUGUUGAAACAGUAAGCAAAGAAGAGGUGAAAUCAUUUCCAAAAGCAGCUCCUCUACUGAAAGCUCCCGACAGAAUUAAACCUCCCCGAGGUAAGGUAAGUGGAUGGUCUCGUCUCAAGAAACAUAUGGUGGUGGAAGAAGAACCACCAACAUUUCCAGAGCCAGAGAAAGAACAGCCGGAGUCAGAAGCUCAAAAAGAGAAUCACAGCAGGGUAGAGAACAAGAACGAUGAGACCCAGAAAGCAAAGGGCUCACGGGCUAACAAGAUGUGGGAUGCCAUGCUGUUUCAAAUGUUUGCCUUGAAAGAGCAUUUGACAGAGACGAGGAAACCAGACCAGCAAGACCCCGAGAAAUCCACAGAAACGCAACAGAAAACAUGGUUCAGUUCACGUCUGCCACUUCUACUUUUUAGGCCUAGAUUUGAUGCUCGAAAGUUAAAAGAAGCAGUUAAAGGUCCUUUGAAGAGGAUUAGUAGCAGUUUGUUUGAAUCAGGGCUGCAUCGCAAAGCUAUUGAUGGUGAAGAGCUGAAGGAUUUUAAUCGAACUGCAAAAGGUUGGCAAAUAAAAGCAGCUGCCUAGUUAUGCAAAUUAAUGAAACAACGUGCCCUACUGACACCCGGAGUUUGCCCUUAACUCUGGAAACACCAACAAAUUAGAGUAAUGUCAGUGCUGCCAGUAUGGAUUAGAUUUUUUAAAACAAAUUCAACUAUGUUACUAAAUGUAAUAAAAAAUAAUCUCAUCCA